CCCUGGGCUCCAUGCCCCUAACUCCUCAAUCCCAACACGUAGCUGCCCCAACGCUCGGUGCUGCUAUCCCCCCUCGGGGCAGAGGCGAACCAUGGGGCCGGUUGAGCUGUAGGAACCCGAUUCCCCUGUGGGCCCAGCUGAGCGCUGUGCCCUGCGCUGGCUGGCGCCGUGUCGCGACGGGGGGCCAGGGCGGAGGGCUCGUGUGGCUGAGGCGGGCUUUGUCUCUGCAGCCGGAGAGCUCCCAAUGACCAGCCCGCCCAUGGAAGCCCUGGGCCAGUUCAAGCUCACGGGCUGGGAGGAGGAGAAUUUCCAGGGCCAGCGCAGCGAGUUCCUGCUGGAGUGUCCCAGCAUCCUGGACCGCGGGUUCCGCAAGCUCCGCUCCAUCAAGGUGGAGAACGGCCCCUGGGUGGGCUUCGAGUACCCGGAGUACCAGGGGCAGCAGUUCAUCCUGGAGAAGGGCGACUACCCCCGCUGGGAGGCCUGGAGCGGAAACAGCGGCUACCGAACCGAGCACCUGCUCUCGUUCCGGCCCAUCAAAUGCGCCAACCACAGCGACAGCAAAGUCACCCUCUACGAGGCGGAGAACUUCCAGGGGCAGAAGUUUGAGCUGAGCGACGACUUCCCCUCGCUGCAGGCCAUGGGCUGGGGCAGCAAAGAGGUGGCUUCUAUCAAGGUGAACUCGGGAGCGUGGGUCGCGUACCAGUACCCGGGGUACCGGGGCUACCAGUACGUGCUGGAGCGGGACAGGCAGAACGGCGAGUUCCCGAAGUACACGGAGUUCAGCACCCAGGCCCACACCAACCAGGUCCAGUCCAUCCGCCGCAUCCAGCACUGAGCCGGGGCAUCCUGCACCCGCUGGCGAAUAAAGGCGUCUGGAACCAG